AUAUAAGGACUAGGAUCGGAGAGGAGGGUACGGAGUUCCAUUGGAUUCGAGACGGAGUAGAGAUGAAGGUUUAUCUAUUAGUUGUACUGGCUGGAGCCUGCCUGGGUGAUCAAUCCCACCAUCAGGUGAUCAAGCAUGGCAAUGCUCCUGCUGUUAGUGUAUCUGUACAUAAACCACAUGGAGGUUAUGUAGCCUCUGUAGCUAGUCAACCUCAUGCUGCUCCUCAGUCUGUGCAUGGAUAUGGAGGAUAUGAGAAGCCAAUUGCUGCUGUUCACGCUCCGGCUGCUCUUCCUCAUCAUGGUUCCUACCAUCCAGCUCCGGCCUACGCCCCUGAGCCAUAUCACCCUGCCCCUGCCUAUGCCCCUGAGCCAUAUCACCCUGCCCCUGCCUAUGCCCCUGAGCCUUAUCACCCCACCCCAGUCUACCAUCCCAAACCCUACCACCCUGCCCCUACCUACACCCCUAAACCCUAUCACCCCGCCCCUGUCUACACCCCUGCCCCUUAUCAUCCUGAACCCGAACCAUAUCAUCCCGCUCCCUAUCACCCCAAACCUGAACCCUAUCACCCUGCUCCCGCAUACAAGCCUGCUCCCUACCACCCUGCUCCUGCCUAUAAGGAACCUGAGUAUGAAGGACCUCCAGAGCCCUAUACCUAUGAGUAUGCUGUUGCUGAUGACUACUCUAAAGCUGCCUUCAACGCUCAUGAGACUAGUGAUGGUAAAGCUGUUCAAGGAUCCUACUCUGUAAACCUUCCUGACGGUAGAACUCAACACGUUACCUACACUGCUGAUCAUUAUAACGGAUAUAUUGCAGAGGUUACUUAUGAGGGAACACCUGUCUAUCCUGAAGAAAAACCUUAUCACCCCGCUCCCGCUCCCUACCAUCCCGCCCCUGCUCCCUACCAUCCCAAACCCGCUCCCUAUCAUCCCAAACCUGCUCCCUACCACCCUACUCCCGCUCCAUAUGGUCCUACUCCAGUUUAUGGCUAAACCCCAUGCUGAGCUGAACCCCGUGCUAUAAUAUUGUAAUAUUUAAAUAUUUAAGAUUAGAUUAUUUAAAGACUGAAGAUUUGUUGUCAAUAAACCAAUUUAACCACA